CAUAGUCUGAAAAUGGAUUUUGAGUGUAAUGAAGUGAAAGUAUGGAAAGAGAAAUUGUUGUCUUACGAGAAUAGUUUAGAAUCAAUCAAGAAACCCGAAUUAGUGAAACUUGAUGAGUUUUAUAGAAAUGAAUUACCUUGUUCGAUACAGAAACGAAACCCUAACCCACACAUUACUAAACCGGAACUCACCAAACUUAUGCAAUGGAAGUUAACCAGAGGAAAAUGGAGGCCUCGUCUAUUGGAUUUUGUAUCUUCUUUGGAUGAAAGUUUAGUGGAAAGUGUUUCUCAGAAGGCUUUUAAAGCUCUUCCUGAUGUUUCUAAAGCUAUUACUGAACUUACAGUUUUAAAGGGGGUUGGACCAGCAACAGCAUCUGCAGUUCUUGCUGCUUAUGCUCCUGAUGUUGCUCCUUUCAUGUCUGAUGAGGCUAUGGUGGCAGCUCUAGGUAACUCGAAAGACUAUACGUUGAAACAGUAUCUCAAAUUUACUGAAAAGUUACAGGGCAAAGCGAAGGAACUAAGUCUAGAAAGUGAAGAUGAUCCCUUCACUCCAUCAGACGUUUAAAGAGCGUUGUGGAGCUCUGCUAUUGGUAGCAAGGAACUAGCGUCAGCUAAAGAAUCAAAGUCUACCUCAGGGAAGAGAAAGAGAAAAGCGUGAGUCCUGUGCCAAUCUAGAUUGCAGGAGUACUUAUCUAGGAGUAACAUGUAAACAAUUUAGUUAGCCUUACUCUUUGGUUGAUUGCUGGACUACAUAUCUGGGCCUGUAAAAGCAAUGGCACUUGGUGAUGUUCUUACCGAAGCAUGUAACCUAACUAAUACAGUUUUACAUAUGAAGUAAUCUUAUGGCAUCCGCUCCCGUUCAAGUUUUAUAUAAAAAAAAAGUUGCCGUCCAAAAUGUGAGAUAGUGUGAAUGGAUGCUCCCUCUUCAUAGGAAUCACGGGUUAAAGAGUAUCGGCAGAUUCAUGGCAUAUGCCGGAACCAAAGGGAUGCGUUAAGUCCAACUGUCAAAGCCCAAGCGAUAGAAAUGUGUUGCAAGCCUGACGACCCAACUGCGGAACAUCUGUUCCUUGAGGAUGCUGUUCCAACGAGAUCGAAGAUAAAAUUAGAAAUUAUCCCCAAAUGCGACUUGAGGUGCAUAAACAUCACAGGGCACUAAACAAAUACGGAAGGCAAUAAAGUUAUAACAAACUACCACGUGUUGGCGAACAUUCAGAGGAAUGAAUUUUGAGUGUUGAGAAUCUCAAUCGUUACAUUUACGAAACCAGGAAUUUAAUCACAGGGAUAUGGAGGUGAGUAUUCUUUUCUCCUUCAUUAAUUUUCCAACUUGGUAAAAAGAAAUCGAUUCAUUCUUUUGAUGCAUGAUAUUUGAUGAAUUUAACAGGCCCAGUAUAACAGCCAUAAAAAAUACUUUAGUCUCUCAAAGUCAUGAGACUCAUGACCCGUGAUACACAUGCAUUAGACACCUCCGCAAAAGAGUAUGAUUCCGCGUGGUUUUAACUUGUUGUGAUAAUCUCUUGUCUUAUCAACUACCUGGCACCUGCACCAAAGAUUUAAAACUAUUGCAAUUGGUACCAGCAGCCUCUCAAUCCAUGUCUACCGAACUAAUACUGCUGUUUCGUGCCCGUAGUUUUCGUAGCGUGGUUUAAACUUUAAACGUUUCGCCGCCGUGUUAUAUGGAGCAUUCUUUUAAUGUAGUAGUAUUUCUUUUUGAAAGAUACAGUGGGGAUCUCACAAAGAAAUCCCGACUCUUGCAAGAGAAAGUUCAGUAGAUUUUCA